AUGUCGAGAGGGGAAUCAGCGCAUGGUGAACCCUCGUCAACCAAAGCACAAUCGCCGAUACUGUCGACGUCAUCAACUCACGCGAGCGAAGAGGAAAUUAACCACAAAGUGGUAAAUACCGAACCACUUAGACAAGAAAAGUAUACUGAAGCAGAUGCAGGUGACGGAACGAAAGCCCACGAGCAAUACCUUCAUGGUGUACCAUUGUUGCUCACAAUAUUGUCAUGUAUUGUAACGUUGUUCAUUGCCGCAUUAGAUCAGACUAUUGUGUCAACGAUAUUGACGACCGUGGGUGAUCAUUUUAACUCAUUUGAGAAAGUUGGAUGGCUAACUUCUGGUUUCAUGUUACCUAUGGCCUGUUUAAUCCCGUCUUAUGGUAAAAUUUCAAUAGCUUUUGGCCGAAAAGCCACACUAAUAGGAGGGAUAAUUGUUUUCGAAAUUGGGUCGUUAAUCUCGGCCCUUGCAAAUUCAAUGAGUUUGCUAAUUGGCGGUCGAGUUAUUCAAGGGGUAGGUGGAGGUGCAAUUCAAAGUAUGGUGAUGGUUAUCCUAACGGAAAGUGUCCCAAUAUCAAGGCGGUCUUUGGUCUUUGCAUCAGUAUCAAUAGUGUGGUCGACUUCGAGUGUCCUUGGUCCUAUAAUAGGUGGUGCGUUGGAGAAGAUCACUUGGAGGUGGUGUUUCUACAUCAACUUGCCCAUAGGGGGCGUUAGUUUGCUUGUGCUCAUAUUUGGAUUCCACCCACCAAAGCCAAAGGGCAAUAUCCGUGAGAAGCUAUCAACGAUUGAUUACGUUGGUACGUUUUUCAUGACACUGGGACUUGUAUUGGUUCUUUUGGGGUUGACUUUCGGUGGAAUUGACUUUCCUUGGCGGUCAGCAGCAGUGAUAUGUUUGUUCACCAUUGGAGGAGUGUUGCUCAUAAUUUUUGCCGUUUGGAAUUUCCGCUUUUCCACCAAUCCUAUAAUAUUAGCCGAAUUCAUUAAAUCACCCACCACAAUGACUGCCACUAUCAGUGCUAUGUUCAAUUUCGGUUUCUUUAUUUCCAACUUGACAUAUUUGGCUGUCUACUUUCAAGUGGUGUUCAAUGCUAGCUCCUUGCAAUCUGGAAUAGACUUGUUGCCUUUAGUUGUUUCCGUCACCAUUGCAUCACUAGCAAAUUCAAUGUUUAUCAACUUGACCAAAAAUGUCAAGAUCACCAUGGUUGUUUCCGGAGUGUUGAGUCCCCUUGGAUCUGGACUUUUGUUGUUGUUGGACAAAAACUCGAGUGUUGGGAAAAGAAUCGGAAUUCUCUUAGUUUCUGGUAUAGCCAUUGGCUUGCAAUUUCAAAGUUCAACAUUGAGUGCCCAACUAGUUGCCCCUAAGCAUGUUCCAGGAGCUUUAAUCUUGGUGACUGUUUUGCUCAACUUUGCAAGAGAAUUGGCGUCAACAGUCUCAGUUACAAUAGCACAAUUAUUAUUUCAGACCACUGGAACAAGAUAUAUCAAGGACUUGCAACUUAAUGUAAAUAGAAACAUCGACGGUUACAACGAAUUCACUAGCAUGUCAGCAAAAUCGUUGAUUUCAAACCCAAGGUUGGUUAGAACACUACCUAAUGAAGUACGAGAAUUGGUGUUGGAUCAAUUUGUCAAGGCUUUGAAAAAUGUUUUCUACUUUGGUUUGGCUUUGGCUGCCGUGUGUUUUAUUGCGUCGUUAUUCACAACUGGGAAGAAGAUCCCCAAAACAAAAGACAUCAAGACAGCGGAUAGCGAAGACGAAAAGAGCCAAGCUGAGGAGAUGAAAGCUGUAAAUGGCGCUAAUGAUUCACCCGAUCAAGAGACAAAUAUGGACUCUCUGAGUUUGGGACAGAGGCAAUGA